AUGGCGCAAACAAAGGCCACCAAGAAGUUCGAGAAGAACCAUCUUAAGGACACAAUCAAGCGCCGCAAGGACUUUGCCAAAAUCAAGCAGCGCCACCAGAUCAACGAGAAGAAAAAGGCAAAGAGAGCCCAGGACAAUGAAGUUUCCACACCACCGCCCGAGACGAGGGCGCCGGCCAAGGACGGAAAGCAGGACUUUGAGAGCAUGAACGUCGACGACUUCUUCCAAGGAGGCUUCGAUGUGCCCGAGCUACCAGCCAAGAUGGACAAGUCACUCAAGAGGAAACGCAACAAGACCGACGACAAGGAAGCCCAAGCAAAGCCCGCCGCCGAAGACGAUGCAUCAGACUCCGACUCCGAAGUCGACGACCCGGAAGCCUUCCAAGCGCAGCUUGAUGCCCUCGCCGCAAAGGACCCUGAGUUCCACAAGUACAUGCAAGAGAACGAGCCCGACGCUCUGAACUUCGAGGACGCAGACCUAGGAGAGAUUGACGAACUGAGCGGUGAUGAGGAGGAUGAGAGACCGUCAAAGAAGCAAAAGGGAGAGGGCAACGAGGUCACCAAGCAAAUGAUCGCAAAGUGGCAGAAGGCCAUGACAACACAACACUCGCUGCGCGCUUCCAAGGAGGUCGUUCUUGCCUUCCGCGCUGCUGCCCACGUUUCCGACGAGGAGGACAAGGUCUUCAAAUAUUCCAUCUCAGACCCGCAAGCCUACCACGAGUUGUUGGUUGUUGCGCUCAAACACUUGCCCGAGGUGCUCGCACACCAUCUGCCUGUCAAGGAGAAGGCUGGCGGCAAAGUCACCUUCUCGACCGACUCCAAGAAGUUCCGCAACCUCAGCCCUCUGCUCAAGUCGCAUCUUACCUCGGUCCUGCAUUUGCUCGCUCAUCUGUCCGACCCCAACACCAUCCGCAUGACCCUCACCAACGUCCUCCCCCUCCUCCCCUACGUUCUCUCGUUCAAGAAGAUCAUCCGUGAUCUGACAAAGGCUGUCACUGGAGUCUGGUCCGAGUCAUCGAGCACCGAAGCCACCCGUAUCGCAGCUUUCCUUGUCCUCAGACGACUGGUCGUCAUUGGUGAUGCUGGUAUUAGAGAGGCCGUUUACAAGACCUCGUACCAGGGUCUGAUCAAGGGCAGCCGCAACACCACCGUGCACACCAUCCAAGGUAUCAACCUCAUGAAGAACUCGGCUGCCGAGCUAUGGGGUAUCGAUCCCACCAUUGGCUACACGACCGGUUUCACCUUCAUCCGUCAAUUGGCCAUCCAUCUCCGCAGCAGCAUCACCAACAAGUCAAAAGAUUCAUACAAGACUGUCUACAACUGGCAAUUUGUUCACUCCCUGGACUUCUGGUCGCGUGUCGUCGCAUCACACUGUCAGUCACUUGCUGAGGCUGAGAAGGGUGCCGCUUCUCCCUUGCGUCCCUUGAUCUACCCCAUAGUUCAAGUCACUCUCGGUGCCAUGCGCCUCAUCCCCACAAGCACAUAUUUCCCUCUCCGCUUCCACCUCAUCCGCAGUCUCCUCCGUAUCUCCCUAUCCACCGCAACCUACAUUCCCCUUGGUUCCGCCCUUUACGAAGUCCUCAACGCCGCCGAGAUGCGCAAGCCCCCGAAGGCCUCGACCCUCAAGCCUCUCGACUUCUCCGUUGCAGUCAGAGCACCAAAGACCUACCUUCGCACACGUGUAUACCAAGACGGUGUCGGUGAGCAAGUCAUCGAGCUUCUCUCGGAAUUCUUUGUUCUCUGGGCCAAAUCGGUCGCUUUCCCCGAGCUCGCACUACCCCUUGUUGUGCUGCUGAAGCGCUGGUUGAAGGAGACAGGCAAGAACUCAAAGACACCAAACAACAACGCAAAACUCACAUCGCAAAUGAUCCUGCUGGUCCAGAAGGUCGACGCCAACAUUCGCUUUGUUGAGGAGAAGAGAGUCAAGGUUGACUUUGCACCCAACAACCGCGGUGAGGUCGAGAACUUCCUCAAGGAGACUGAGUGGCAAAAGACACCGCUGGGCGCAUUCGUUGUCGGUCAGAGGAAGAUUAGAGAGGACAAGCAAAAGUUGAUGGAAGAGGCAAGGAAGGAGGAUGAGAAGAAGAGGGAAGAGGAGAAGGCCGAGAAAAUGGCCAAGGACGGUGAAGAAUUCGACGAUGAGGGCGAGGCCAGCGGAGACGAAGACGAGUCCGAGGAUGAAGAGAUGGAAGUCGACGGUGUCAGUGAUGAGGAGGAUAGCGAGUAG